AUGAAUCAGAUUAAAGAAUCAGAUCUUGAUCAGUCUGAUCUUGAAUCAAAUUAUUUUUCAGAAUCAUCGAUAGAAUCGGAAUCAGAAUCAGAUAUACAAUCAGAAUCAGAACCAAAUUCAAAGGAAUCCAAACAAAAUAAUGAUGAUGUAGAUUCCUAUUCGGAUUCAUCUGAUGAGGAACAAAAUUUCAAUACUAUUGGCAACAUUCCUUUAUCAGCUUAUGAUGAAUAUCCACAUAUUGGAUACGAUAUUAAUGGGAAAAGAAUUAUGAGACCUGCUCAAGGCUCUGCAUUGAAUCAGUUACUCGAUUCAAUAGACUUGCCUGAAGGUUGGACAGGUCUAUUGGACAAAAACACCGGCUCAUCUUUAAAAUUGACAGAUGAAGAAUUACAAUUGAUUAAAAAAAUACAGAAAAAUGAAAAUGUCGAUGAACAUAUGGAUCCUUAUGAACCUACAAUCGAAUGGUUUUCAAGCAAAACCCAAAUCAUGCCAAUAACUGGCGUUCCUGAACCAAAGAGACGUUUUAUCCCAUCCAAGCACGAAGCAAAAAGAGUGAUGAAAAUAGUGAGAGCAAUUAGAAAUGGAUUUAUCUUAACUCCUAAACAAGUGAGGGAAUUGAAAGAAAAAGAAAAAGAACAAGAAAAUAACUAUGAUUUGUGGGGAGAUGGAUUAGGAGAAAACAAAGAUCAUAUAAUGAAUUUAAGAGCUCCAAAAUUGCCACCUCCAACCAAUGAAGAAAGUUAUAAUCCUCCGGAAGAAUAUUUGAUGACUAAAGAAGAGCAAGAUGCAUGGCUAAAUAUGGAUCCAGAAGACAGAGAUAAAAAUUUCUUUCCCAAAAAAUAUGGUGCUUUGAGAAAAGUUCCUGGGUACAGUGAAAGUUUAAGGGAAAGGUUUGAAAGAUCUUUGGACUUAUAUUUAGCUCCAAGAGUCCGUAAAAAUAAGUUGAAUAUUGAUCCAGAAUCGUUAAUUCCCGAAUUGCCUUCACCAAAAGAUCUAAGACCAUUUCCAAUAUUUUGUUCAACUAUAUUUACUGGUCAUAAAGAUAAAAUAAGGACGAUUUCUAUUGACCCGACAGGAUUAUGGUUAGCAACAGGUUCAGACGACGGAAGUGUGCGAAUUUGGGAAAUAUUGACUGGAAGAGAAGUCUAUAAAAUUGAACUUGUGCCAAAAGAAGAUUUAAACGAGACGCACAUUGAAUCAUUAGAAUGGAAUCCAAAUCAAGAGGCAGUUAUUUUAGCUAUAGCAGUAGGAGAAACUAUUUAUUUGAUUGUUCCUCCAAUCUUUGGAUUUGGUUUAGAAAACAAGAGUAAAUUAUUAAUUGAGCAGGGCUACGGUUACCAGAAAUUCGGACUGCAAAAUAAAACUCAUCAUAUUGGUAUUAAUGAUAAUGAUGAAGAUGAUGAAGAUGAAAAUGAGAAUAAUGGUGAGAGUAGCAGCAAACAACUCGGAAAACAAGUUGGAAAAUGGGUUAAACCAAAUAAAAUACAGGAAUCUUUGGGGGUUUCUAUUGUGGUUAAUACAUCAAAAGUGAUAAAAAGGUUGUCAUGGCAUAGAAAAGGUGAUUAUUUUGUUACAGUUUCUCCUCAAGGAGCCAACAAGUCAGUCAUAAUUCAUCAAUUAUCAAAACAUUAUUCUCAAACUCCAUUUAAUAAAAGUAAAGGUAUAAUAAUGGAUGCUAAAUUUCAUCCAAUUAAACCUGAGUUAUUUGUUGUUUCUCAAAGAUAUGUUAGGAUUUAUGACUUGGCUAAACAAGUUUUGUUCAAAAAAUUGCUUCCAGGGGCAAGAUGGUUGAAUAGCAUUGACAUUCAUCCUGGAGGAGAUAAUUUAAUUGCAUCAUCAUUUGAUAAAAGAGUAUUAUGGCAUGAUUUAGAGUUGUCUAAUACACCAUAUAAAACAUUACGAUAUCAUGAAAAGGCAGUUAGAAGUAUUAAAUUCCAUAAAGGGGGUUUACCACUAUUUGCAUCUAGUAGUGAUGAUGGAAGCAUACAUAUAUUUCAUGGAAUGGUUUAUGAUGAUUUGAUGACGAAUCCAUUGCUAGUUCCGUUAAAGAAGCUCAAAGGACAUAAAAUAAAGAAUUCAUUGGGUGUCUUGGAUUUAAUUUGGCAUCCUAAGGAAGCGUGGUUAUUUAGUGCUGGGGCAGAUGGUGCAGCUAGAUUGUGGACUACGUAG